AUUGUGGAGCAGUUGCUUGCAGUGGUGCAGUUGCCUUUAUUUUCUGUAAUAAUGUCCACAUUAAAAGGUCUUCAAUUAUCUGAUCCUGUUGCUGAGAUGGAGCAAUGUCUGCAGACUCAUUAGUGAAGCCUGUGCACAAGGCUGUGUCAGACUUAUCUCACGUUAUCUCAAAGCAAUUAAGAGCAGGAUGAACAUCCCCUCUGAACACACCGUGACCAUUGGGUAGAGUCUGUGGGCCAGCUUUCACCAAGCUCUUCUCUUAGGAAACGCAACCAACACCUUGCAUCACGGAGGCCCAGCAUGAAUAUUAACUGUGCUGGUGGGAAGAGGAAUCUGGAGUCCACUUGCUCUGUAGAAAGUGGAACUGUAGCAGUGCGUGAGACAGAAGAAGGUGAUGUGGUGCUUGGAGGUCACAGCCCCUCUGCAGGCCUCAGGAACGAGGGUUUAGAUUCUGACUAUAGACACACUGCCUGCCCAGCCAGCCCCCAGUUCAGCAGCAUGUUGUCUGCUUCUGAAGACGCACACAGUUGUCACUUCCAAGAUGGAAAUAAAAGACAGGCAGAAUAUUUUAACGCCCAGGAGCGCCAUGCUUUGUCUUCAAGCAUCAAUUCACAGACAGUGGCUCCAGAGAAAGUGACACUUGUGGUCGAUGGCACUCGAUUUGCUGUGAAUCCACAGAUUUUCACUGCUCACCCUGAUACUAUGCUGGGAAGAAUGUUUGGACCAGGAAGAGAAUAUAAUUUCACCAGGCCAAAUGAAAAGGGAGAAUAUGAAAUUGCAGAAGGAAUUAGCUCAGCUGUGUUCCGGACUGUGCUGGAUUAUUACAAGACUGGAAUAAUAAACUGUCCUGAUGGCAUUUCCAUCCCAGACCUUCGAGACACCUGUGAUUACCUGUGCAUAAACUUUGACUUCAACACAAUCAAAUGUCAAGAUUUAAGUGCUCUUUUACAUGAGCUCUCCAAUGAUGGUGCUCACAAGCAGUUUGACAGCUACCUGGAGGAGCUCAUUCUGCCUAUCAUGGUGGACAGUGCCCGGAAAGGGGAGCGUGAAUGCCACAUUGUUGUGCUGACAGACGAGGACACUGUGGACUGGGAUGAAGAUCACCCUCCUCCCAUGGGCGAGGAGUAUUCUCAAAUCCUUUACAGCUCCAAGCUGUACAGAUUCUUCAAGUACAUUGAGAACCGAGAUGUUGCAAAAGCUGUGUUGAAGGAGCGGGGCCUGAAGAAUAUUCGCAUUGGCAUUGAAGGAUAUCCCACCUGUAAAGAGAAGGUGAAGAGGAGGCCGGGUGGCCGCUCAGAAGUGAUAUACAACUACGUCCAGCGGCCGUUCAUCCAGAUGUCCUGGGAAAAGGAGGAGGGCAAAAGCCGUCACGUUGACUUCCAGUGCGUCCGGAGCAAAUCUCUAACAAACCUGGUCACUGUGGGUGAUGACGUUUUGGAGGACCAUGAGGUUAUAAUGCACCACCCCCCACAGGUAGAUGAACUGGAUAGGCUAAAUGCACCAUUCUCCCAAAUGGCUGUUAAUGAUCUACCUGAUUAGUCAUGGCUCCGGCUUGAUGUGGGAACAUCUCAGCGUAGUUUCAUCCUAGUAAUGGAACACAGACUCCUUGCAAGGUGCUUUAUCCUCAUUCAUCUUCUUAUUAUGUUGUCAUAUUUCAAGCAUGUUAAUAAAGAGCCACGCUCUCUAGCCUAAUUGUGCAAUCAAAAGCAACAUCUCCAACAAAAAGAACAUGUCGCUUGUUUCCACUACAAAGGCUUCCAGACUGAUGGGUGCUGAAUAUUUUAAGUAAACUUCUGAAAGAGGAGCAGAAGUGUUUAGAAAUGACAUGAGAGAGGAAACUGUGGGCCUGUCAAGACAAAGCUUCUAUUUGCCAUUAGAUACUUAGGUUUGCUUUUGUGAUAAUCUGCACCAGACAUCAAAGCAAGGCAGGUGAUGCUCUUUCAUCAGCCAGCAGAAAUGUAGCACGGUUGUGGCAGCAGAAUGCUGAGAGUGGGGAAAUGACAGCAGAAUGCUGCAUGAGGGAAUCUGUUUACACUGCCACCUGGCUUUGCAUGCAGUGUGCACAGCUGUUCUAGGGAGCACCUCUCAGGGGUGUUCAAGGCCAGGUUGGAUGGGGCAGCCUGAUGUGGGCUGGAACUGGAUGGUCUGUGAGGUCUUUUCCAACCAAAGCCCUUCUGUGAUAAUAGGAAGUAUGAGACUCUUCACAGGAGCUUCCUGUCUGUACUUCUGCAUCAGAUGAAGUGACUGUUCAGAGAUACUGUCUGUGAAGUUCAUUAAAAUGAGCAGAUUGUGCUGGAGGAAAAAGCCAGAAAGAA